AUGUGUUCAUCAUUCGAACAAGAUCAGAAAGAUAGAAGCCAAGUUGUGUCGAGGAGAACCAGGCGGAGUCGUACUGUCAAACUCAGGUCUUUUGAGGAAGAAACGAGGCUGGCUUACAAUGCUCGCAUCUCGCGGCUUAGGAGCACCGAGUACCCCAUGAUUAACGGCACUACGUACCUUGACCAUGCAGGAACGACACUGCCAGCGCGAUCUCUCAUGACUCUGUUUUCCGAUACCAUGCAGGUCCAACUCCUAGCAAAUCCACAUUCUUCUUCACAAUCUGCUCCGAACUACUCACAUGUUAUGAUCGAAGAGACUCGGAAGAAGGUCUUGGACAUGUUUGGCACAGAUUCGGACACAUACGAAGUUGUAUUCACAGCCAACGCAACCGCUGCAGUUAGACUUGUUGCCGACGCAUUUGCUUGCCAGCAGCAAGGCUUCGAAUACUACUACCACCAGAACUGUCACACAAGUCUUGUUGGAGUUCGGGAGCUGGCGAAUACUAGCCACUGUUUCCAGUCAGAUCGAGAGGCCGAGUCGUGGAUCCAUGGCCAGUCACCACAUAGUGAGAUGGAUGAUACAAUCCCGACCUUGUUCGCUUACCCAGCCCAAUCGAACAUGAACGGUCGCCGGCUUCCAAUCACAUGGGCAUCUAAUAUCCGUUUCAGUCCUGCUCAUCGAAACACAUACACCCUUCUCGACGUAGCUGCCCUAGUCUCCACGAGUCAGCUUGAUCUAAGUACAGAUGACCACUCGCCAGAUUUCGUCACACUUUCGUUUUACAAGAUCUUCGGGUUCCCUGAUGUUGGAGCAUUGCUGGUCCGUAAACCGGUCUCCCAUAUAUUCAAUCAACGACGGUACUUCGGCGGGGGUACCACGGAGAUGAUCACCUGCGACGAAAAUCAUUGGGUUGCUAAGAAGCCCCGUCUCUGCGAUAGACUGGAGGACGGCACAUUACCUAUCCGCAACAUCCUCGCCUUGAACAUUGCCAUCGACGCACACAAGAACCUCUUCCGCGGAUUCGAUUCGAUCUCCAAACAUACAACAUGGCUCGCCAAAUCGCUCUACGAUCGACUUUCACAGAUGAGACAUCAGAACGGUAUCUCGUUGUGCAGUAUCUAUCUCGAUCCCGACUCAACCUAUGGAGACCCGACUACUCAAGGUGCAACAGUGACGUUCAACAUCCGAAGGCCUGAUGGAUCGUGGAUCAGCAGCGCUAGUAUUGGGGAAAUGGCGUUGAAGCAUAACAUCCUUAUUCGGACAGGGAGCCUGUGCAAUCCAGCAGGGAUGGCAAAUGCUCUUGGUCUUACAUCUACCAAUAUCCGCGAUGCGUAUGAUAGCGGCUUUCGAUGCGGGCAGCCGAACGAUGUGAGGUUCGGUGUACCGAUGGGGAUGGUUAGAGCCAGCCUUGGACCCAUGAGCACAGUCGAAGAUGUUGACGUUUUCGUCAAGUUUGUGGAAACCUGUUAUUUGGAUGGGAAUGGGCCACAUCAAAGAGAUAUCAGUGAUUUGCUUGCGGUAGCUGACUCAGAACACGGUGAGGAACUGUUGCCAAAGAAGAAGCAAAAGAAAUCUUCUAGAAUGCGGCAUAGAUUUCCGAAAUGGCUUGGGUUUUAUUGACAAGAUCAUCAACAGCGUACUGAAAUAGAGGAAACAAAAGAAGAGGAAGUCUUUGAAUACAUCAGCGCAAACAGGCG